AUGGCUCAUUCAUCGUUUCCUUAUUAUACUCUUGGUACCAUUGUACAUGGUCUUGGCCGUGGUGGCAAAGAACUUGGUUGCCCAACAGCAAAUUUUGAUGAGAAUGCCGUUGCAAAAUUACCAUCAUCGAUAUAUCAAGGUGUUUAUUAUGGAUGGGCAAAACUAUUAAUUCCAGAUGAUAAUCAAGUUUACAAGAUGGUUACUAGUGUAGGUACAAAUCCAUUUUAUAACGGUGAAAAAAAGACUAUGGAAACGCAUAUACUUCAUAAAUUUACAAAGGAUUUUUACGGCGAAACAGUAAAAAUAGUACUUUUAGGUGAAAUAAGAAAAAUGACAACAUUUAACAGUGCAAGUGAAUUAGUAGAUGCUAUCCAAAAUGAUAUUUCAAUUGCCAACAAUAAACUGGAUUCAGAGGAGUGCCGUCAAUAUCUUACUGGUCGAUUUUUUCAAUAA